AUGAGUAUUUAUAUAGGUGGUGUACGCUUGGCAUGCGCGGGUAGUGAUGGCCUGCAGACGCCGCAGACAGUGCGGCUCGUGGCGGCGGCGCCUGCGGGAGCGCGGGGGCCCCAGAGGGCGCGGGGCAGCGCGGCGCGGCGGCGCGAUGCUGCGCGCCUCUCAGUCGAGACGCGAGACCCGCCCGCCCUAGCCGCCCGUGUUGCCGCCCGCCCGCCCCGCGCUCUCGUCACGCGUCGCUCUCCACAAUUCGCUCUACCUACGAUCGUUAAUUACAUCCCUAUGACGGAUUCGCAUGUCUAA